CAUCAUGUUGUCAAUCUCUCUGGCAAAGCAGGUGACAUCCAUCAGAAAAGAGUAGGUCACGAUCAGAUGUUCGACAGACGGACCUCGGACCACAUUCAGGAAAGUGCCAUGGAGUCAGUAGUAGGAGCAUCUGAAUGUGCUGAGACUCUGGUAGGACCGGACGGAGAUGGAGAGCAUCUUAUUCUAGAAUCAGAGUGUGCAAGAGGUGUGGGUUUGAAUGAUUCUGUGCUAACACUUGGAGAAGACCACAGAUCUACAGAUGUAAUAGAGGACUCAGACUCUAAUACUGAACAGUCAGAGUUCCUAUCCUCUCAUUUGUCUGCGCAAUCAGUGUCUGAAAAUAGUGCUGUACCCAAAAUAAUUGUGGGCAAAGGCAGAUCUGCACUGAAGCCUAAAACCAUGUUGAAGGUUAAAAUGGUCAGCCUUCAAAAGCUGAAGAGAAAAUCAGCAACUUCUAAGAAAACGUAUGGAACAAACCUGCAGCAUCAGGAAGAUGCAGACUCUGUUACCUCAGAAAACAAGGGUCACCCUGUGGAGUCUGACACAUCUGAUUGCACCUUAGAUAACACAAAUGGAUCCUCUCACACCUACUCUUGCUUGCAGUGUCCAUUCAGUCACUCUCAGGAGGAAAACCUCAGAAGUCACAUAAAGAAAGUCCACUCCACUAAGGUUAUGGGAAGUGAGACUGCAGUCGACCCCUCUUUGCCCAACAGCUGCCAUGUUUGUGGCAAAAGCUACCGCUUCCCUUGCUUAUUAAAAGCCCACCUGCGCACCCACACCGGAGAGCGUCCUUUUCUCUGUCCGGUAUCUAAAUGUGGCCGCAGUUUCUCCCAUUCCCAGGCCCUCCGUCGCCAUAGACUCAUUCAUGUGGCCAAACACAUCCUAACAUCACAAAACGAUGUUCCUGAGGAAAACGAACUACAAAAGCCAGAAUCCCAAACUUAUGACUGUCUGUACUGUGUAGAGACCUUCAGCUCGCUCAGCGCCAGGAGAGACCAUCACAAGACCCACCCUGAAGAAGCAGUGCAUCGCUGCAACGCCUGCGGGAAGCAGCUCAGCUGUCAGGCAGCUCUAAUCAGACACAAGCGGAUCCACACAGAACAACGACCCUAUAAGUGUACCGAAUGUCAGUCCACCUUCAUCUGCUCAACCUCGUACAAACGGCACAUGCUGACCCAUCGACCAGAGAGACCAUUCCUUUGUACAUGUGGGAAGGGCUUCACAUACCGUGGUGCUCUUUUGGCUCAUCAGCGCAUCCAUUUGGAGGAGAGACCAUACCAUUGCACGGACUGCGGGAAGGGUUUUCUGUACCCAGGGGCUUUGGGCAAACACCAGAGGACCCACUCCAAAAAGAAGCCAUGUGGGAAGAACUGUAAUAUAAAGAACUCUCGUUGUUCACACACGGACAGCCACGGCACAGAGAAAACUUUUAAAUGCACUCUGUGCGACAAGUCAUUUGCGUUUAAGGCCAGCUUGACCCGGCAUAAACUCACUCACACCGGAGAAAGACCAUUCCUUUGUGCAGACUGCGGAAAGGCCUUCUUCUCCCUUGGAGAGUUGCUCAAGCACCAGCGCUACCACACAGGACAUAAACCUUUCCAAUGCCCAGACUGCAAAAAGAGUUUCACGCAAGCCUGCUACUUGCAGGUCCACAUGAGGCACCAUACAGGCAUACGGCCUUAUUCGUGUUCUCACUGUAACAAGAGUUUCUUCAGCUCUUCCCGCCUUAAGAGACACCUGCGGAUUCACACGGGAGAGAAACCCUUCCAGUGCUUGGACUGCGGAAAAAGAUUUCAACAGUCAUAUCAUCUGAAAGUGCACUUCCAGACUCAUGUAGAAAAGAGCUCGGAAAGCAGGAUGUCUAAUGCUUCAUUGAUGGCAUCCUAAUUAUUUAACUUGGGGGG